AUGUAUGUCCCACGGUUUUCUGGACCGGUAUUUUUAACUGGUGGUGGAAGUCCCAGUAUGCAAGGAGAAGGAAAUUCCUCUGGUGAUAACUCCACUAGUAGCUUCCCUAAUGUAGAGCGCAGCACAGAGUACGCUGCUAAAGCAUCUUUGGAAGGUAGGGUUCAUUCUGAAAAGGCUGCAGAAUUAAUUGUUGCUGAAGACCUCACUGAAGCCCUCCUAGAUUUUGAAUUCCCAUUGCUGCCCAUACCAGAGGGCCGCAACAAGGGGAAACAACACCCAAGUACGGACAAGCACUGCUUGGAUUUAUUAAGGGAUGAGCAUCCCAUAAUUCCCGUCAUUAAGGAGCAUCGUACGUUGGCAAAACUUUUAAACUGUACAUUGGUAUCAAUUUGUUCACUGGGUAGGCUCUGUGAGGACACAGAAUUAGUACACAUUACAUGGUCAUUGGCUCCAAACAUCAACAGCAACUGGUCGCCUUUAAUGGAGGAACCAAAUCGCCAGUGUGUUGAACAUAUGGUUGACUUUAAAAUAUAUAAGGAUGGAAAUGGAAACGAAACUGAUGUUGAUCAAUUGAACAUCAAUGCUCGCGAUUACUUCAUUCCUACUCAGAUUAUUCUCAGAUAGAAUUGCGGCUGAUGGCACAUUCUCUAAAGACUCUGCACUCAUUGAACUCCUUAGUAAUCCCAUGGUGAUGUCUUCACCAUGAUAGCGGCUAGAUGGACUGGGAUUCCAGAAGAGUCUGUUAGUUCCCUUGUAAUACAAUGCUGUAAACAUUUCUUUGAAGCUAUUCAACUGUUCAUUAUGUGCAUUAUUUAUCAAAUAUAGCCAAAAAUUAACUCUUAA